AAGUAAAUUUUUGGAGGAAUUGGGAGGAGAGUGAGAUUAAAGAAUCAGACUGUGGAAUUGAAUUUUCUGAGAAGCCGGCAAUGGUUGCUGCUGCCGUUUCCGCAGCGGUAAAACCCAAACAGCUCGGAGGAGGGCUUCCGCUAAACCAAAACGCGCCGCGGCCUCCGCUGUUGACCUCCGACCCCGACAAUGCCAUCACUCCUUGUCGUAAAAAAUCCGGAAAGUUCACCUCUCGUUAUAUGUCAACGUCCUCAUCAAAUUCUUCCUCGCCUCCCACCAAAAUCUGUCCUCUGACGUUAUUUUCGACGAGGACUUCUCAUUCGAAGGCCAUGACCACGACAAAACGCACGACUCCAUUGGCUAGCAAGCGGUCGCAAGCAGUGGAGAGGAGACAUGCGGUGACGCCGCUGCCUAGUAAUUCUUUGGAUUUGAAAACUAGUAACGGUGACAACAGUAACAAAUGUGAUUUAUCCGUUUCGUCUCAUGGUGAGCCGUUUUCCUAUAAGUGUAGGAAAGCUAAACCAGCUCCAUCACCAAGCGCGGCAACGAAAGGGACGCCGGAGAGGUGGAAGACAACGGUAGCAACGACUCCACGGAAAGGAACAGAGCAAGCGGAGCGGUGGCCGGCAAAGUUAAGGCUAUCAAAUUCGGUUACUAGUGGAAGCGUUGAUUGCACCGACGAGAGGAAGAGUUUUAACCGUUCUGUUAACGGCAAUGUAGUUAGGGCACUGCAGCUCUCCAUGACUGAUAAUAGAGAAAUAACAGCCGUUACUCCCGUUAAAUCUAAGCCUCAAUAUGAUCUCGCGGCUUCUGAUACCGGAAGUGUUUCUUCUGGUAGUACUCCAGGAGCUCCAGAAAGUUCUUCCGUAGACGGUGAUGUUAAGCGUGGGCCUCGGGGAAUAAUGGUUUCGGCUCGGUCCUGGCAAGAUACUGCUAAUCGUUUAUGCCGGUCCGAUCCUGGUUAUCCGGUUCCUAAGAAAAAUACAGCACGUUCUAAGCAAAUUGUACGAGACAAGUACGGAACUGACAGUCCUUUGUCGUCUCCAAAAGGUGUAUCGAACAGCAGAGGCCAGUUAUGGUCAAUUCAUUGGCCAGUUCGGCCUGCAUCACCGAGUAAGCUUGGGUUGGGUGAUAAUUUGGUAAAUAGGCCAUCGAUUUUGAGCUUAGUUGGUGAUGCUAUUAAGAUUGGAGAGAACAAAGUUUCGGAUGCUCAUUUAUUGAGGUUACUCCAUAACCAUUUGUUGCAGUGGCGUUUUGUUAAUGCUAGAGCAGAUGCGACUCUGUCUUCCAAAAGGUCUAACACAGAGAAAAGCCUCCAUAAUGCUUGGACUACUACCUCAAAACUGCUAGAAUCUGUUAGAGCCAAAAGAAAUGAAUUACAAUUGCUGAGGCAAAAUUUGAAGCUGAUUUCCAUCCUCAAGGGGCAAAUGAUCUUUUUGGAUGAAUGGGCUGUCCUGGACCAUGAUUAUUGCAGUUAUUUGUCUGGGGCUAUCGAAGCUCUGACGGCAAGCACACUCCGCCUUCCAGUAGUUUGUGGGGCAAGAGCUGAUAUCCCAAAAUUGAAGGAAGCAAUAUUUUCAGCAGUUAAUGUAAUGCAGGCAAUAGCAUCCUCCAUAUGGUCAUUAUUAUCAAAGGUUGCAGAAGUUAACACCAUGGUGUCAGAAGUUAGAAAUUUAAGCACAAACGAGCUUGCUUUACUCUAUCGAUGCAAACAAGUAUUGCCAACAAUUGCAGCCAUGCGGGUGAAGGAAUGUAGCCUUAGAACGCUCAUUUUACAACUAAACCAGUUAUCUCCCACCUUUGACAACAAAAUUGUCUGAUUUAAAUUCAAUACCAACCCAAAUUAUGAUUCCAAAGGUAAGAAGAAAGGUUUCCAUAGUUGAUUGAAUUUCACAAGCAUGAAGAUAUGAUAUUAUGGACUUUGUAUUGAAACGUUAAAAUGUAGUUUGAAAGGAACUAUCCUUGGGUUAGGUACCUUCGGUUCUUAUUUUGCAUAGGCCAGUCAAAGAAA